AUGGAGCAGCCAGAGGAGCCGCCCGGUGACUGGGACGGGGAUGGGGGGACGGUACCCGGCGCCCACGGAGGCACCGUGAAGUACCCAGAGACGGACACCCCUGAGAGCCUGGUGACGUUGCCACCGCUGCCCCCAUCACCUGGCCUGGGCUGGCCCUGGGGGCUGCCCCCCACGCCCCCCCUGGGUACCCGGAAACCCUACAAGUGCACCGAGUGCGGCAAGGCCUUUGGGCAGAGCUCGCACCUGAUGCGGCACCUGGGCACCCACACGGGCGAGAAGCCCUACAAGUGCGGUGCCUGCGCCAAGAGCUUCACCCAGAACUCCAACCUCCUGCAGCACCAGCGCACCCACACUGGCGAGAAACCCUACGAGUGUGGCGCCUGCGGCAAACGUUUCGGCUGGAGCUCCAACCUCAGCCAGCACCGCCGUCUCCACAGUGGCCAGAAGCCCUUCCAGUGCGGCCAGUGCGGCAAAUGCUUCGGCGAGAGCGCCCGUCUGCUCGAGCACCAGCGCACCCACACCGGUGAGAAGCCCUACCGCUGUCCCGAUUGCCCCAAGACCUUCAGCCGCGGCUCCCACCUUGCCCGCCACCGCCGCCUCCACGCAGCUGAUCAGGGACCCGGUCCGACCCUGGCGAUGCACCGGGGGCUCUGAGGGGCUCCCCAGGGAGAGUGGAGGAGGUGGCGGAGCAGACAAUGGUGCUUCUGUGGUGACCACGGGGACAUUGUUUGACCUGCUGGUGCCCAUCGUCGACAGAAAGAUUUAUGGAGGAUCCAUGACGUGGUCAAUGGCUGCUACAGCCCUUCUGAGGUGGCCAUGGGGACGUGGUUUGGCCCUGUUGGCGCCCAAAGACUUCAGGAAGAUCCAUGAUGUGGCCAGUGGUUAUUGCAGCUGUUCUGGGGUGGCCGCGUGCCAGUGGGUUGGCCCUGUCGGCACCCAUCAUCAACACAAAGACUUCAGGAGGAGCCAUGACAUGGCCAGUGGCUGCUACAGCCCUUCUGGGGUGGCCACGGGGACGUAGUUUAGCCCCAUUGGCGCUCACCGUCAAUGUAAAGCCUUGGGGAGGACCCACGAUGUGGCCAGUGACUCUAUGGCCCUUCUGUGGUGGCCAUGGGGACAUGGUUUGGUUCCAUCCAUGCCCAUUGUUGGCUUGUGGGGAACCUGCGUAGGCAAAAAGCCACAGGACUGGGGACAAACGUGGACACAAAGACUUGGGGAGGACUCAUGAUGUGGCCAACGGCUACCGCAGCCCUUCUGUGGUAGCCAUGGGGAUGUGGUUUGGCCUUUUUGGUGCCCAUCACCAAUGCAAAGACGUGGGAAGGGUCCAUGGCAUGGCCAAUGGCUACUACAGCCCUUCUGCGGUGGCCACAGAGAUGUGGUUUGGCCCCACUGGUACCCAUUGUCAACACAAAGACUUGGGGAGGGCCCAUGAUGUGGCCAA